GUCGGAGGAUUUGUCCGAAGCUCGAGCUCUCGGCAGAGAUCCAGCACUGACCCUCUCAUCAAACCGAAUCAGCUCGUAGAAAAGGAGGUGAAGGUGGAGGGAGGGGAAACGAAGAGGUUCGUGCUGGUGCAUGGAGGAGGGUUCGGGGCUUGGUGUUGGUACAAAACCAUCACUCUGUUGGAGAACCAUGGCUUCCACGUGGACGCCGUCGACUUGACCGGCUCUGGCGUCAGCUCCUUCGACCCCAACUCCAUCUCCUCCCUCUCCCAAUACGCCAAGCCUCUCAUCCUCUUCUUCGAAACCCUCAAGCCCGGAGAGAAGGUGAUAUUGGUGGGACAUGAUUUUGGAGGGGCAUGCAUUUCUUAUGUCAUGGAGAUGUUCCCUUGCAAGAUCUCCAAGGCUGUCUUCAUCUCCGGUGCCAUGUUGUCCAAUGGUCAAAGCACUCUUGAUCUCUUCACCCACCAGGGUUCAAAUGAUCUCAUGCAACAAGCCCAAAUCUUUCUGUAUGCAAACGGAAAGAAGAACCCUCCAACUGCUGUCGAUUUCGACAGAUCUCUUCUGAGAGAUUUCCUCUUUAAUCAGAGCCCUCAAAAGGACAUUGCAUUGGCUUCGGUUUCAAUUAGACCAAUCCCAUUUGCACCGGUUUUGGAAAAGCUUCACUACUCGGAGAAGAAUUACGGUUCGGUUCGCCGGUUCUACAUCAAAACCAUGGAUGAUUAUGCCGUACCGGUCUCUCUCCAAGAUUCUAUGAUCAAAUCGAACCCUCCAGAACAAAUUUUUCAGCUCAAGGGAUCCGAUCACGCCCCCUUCUUCUCUCGGCCUCAGUCAUUGAACCGAAUUCUCGUCGAGAUUUCUCAAUUGCCGCCCAAGAAAUCCCCAUGAUUCCGUGAACCAAUUUUCGUAAACCGGUUCUAACCAAACCGAACCGGACGUUGGAUUAUAUAUCCAUUAUCCACCAAAAAGAGUAGAGAUUGCCACGAAAGAGACGCGGAAACACAAACCUUUUUUUGGGGGGCACAUUUGUUAUUUGGUUGUUCUUGUUUUUGCUAUUUACAAUUUAUUUAUUAUAAUUUGUGUUCUUAUUGUACACUUGGAUUAUCAUUGAUUAAAUU